AAAAAAUAUAUUUUCCCAAACAAACAACAAAAUUUCCUAUUAAAAAAAAAAAUUAUUUUCCUUCUCUCAAAUAAAAAUAUAAAUAAAUAUAUUUUUUUAAAAACAAACAAUAAAAAAAACAAAUUACUAUUAAAGAAUCAUUUAUAAUCUAUAAUCAUGAAAUUAGAUUUCAUUCACUAUCAUGAGAACGCGGUGAUACCACAAAAUAUUUUGGUGUCCUUACCUUUGAAAUUAGAGGCUGACGAUUUGUUGGCUAAACCUAGACGGGGGAAGAUGCCAACCAGACCCCCAAAUAAUUUUUUAAUAUUCAGGACCGCAUACACCAGGGUCCUUCAAUCUAAAGGACAUUGGGAUUUAAGAAUGAGGGAAGUAACUUCUAACGCUGCAGCUGCUUGGAAGAACGCAUCAAAAGAAGUCCGAGAAGAAUGUCGGAAAUUAGCUCUUGUGGCCAAGAAGAAGCAUGAGGAAGUUUACGGUCCACCUCCUCGACAGACCCGAAGACGACGACAAACAAAUAAACGUCGUCAACCUAGACGACCAAGUCCAGCUCCGGCUCCAGCCCCAGUUUCACCUUUAAUGUUUGAGCCAUCUGCCCAUAAUACGAAUAUAAAUGCAUCAUUUUAUUUUGAUGAUUUGAUUUCUUGGCAAAAUAUUCCGUAUGAUAUGACAUUCUCACCACCAGAAAGUGAACUUGGAGAACCACAACCUCAAUUUAACUCCAUAUACCCACCUAUGUGAAUUUAAAAAAGCAUAGGAACAAAGCAAAGCAAUUUUUUCAAAUUUUUCGUUUUCUUUUUUUUUUAUUUUUUUAUUUUCAUUCUUCGUUUUCGUAAAUAUUGGCAUAAUUCAUAUAAAUAUUUUCUUAUUUUAUAUUUUUUUCUUUAUA